AUGCCGCUGCUUCUCCUGCUGUUGUUUCUGUGCUGCGCCAGUGUGUGUGUUGCGCAGAAGGACGGCGGCGUGCGGUCGACUGGUGUUGUGCGGGAGUUGCCCCGCAAGGGACAGAGUGGUGUGCAGGCGUACGCCGUCUCCACACAGAAGAAGAAUGAGAAUGAAGGAUGGGAGCUGAUCCGCAUUGAGGCGUUAACGGAGAACUUGGAUGAACAUUCAUUGUUAUGCAGUAAGGUAAAUGAGACAAAGCACGAAGAAAAAGUUAAAAGAGAAAACCGUUUUGGGGAAGAUGAUGGAAGAGCAGAACAUACGAAGGUAACAGUCGAAGAUGAUAAGAAGUGCGGUUAUGAACGAUUGCCACUGGAGGAAAGG